UAUACUUGAGUUAUUCACAAAAAACAUACACAACGAAAUCUAUUGCCUUCUUACUUGUUUCCUUCUCCAUUUUCUUUUUGAUUGUUGCUUCCGACUCCACAGAGGAAGCACAUGCUCUUCUUAGAUGGAAAGCCAGUUUUCAAAAUCAUACUCAGCCUCUCUUGUCUUCAUGGUCCAUUCUCAAUUCAACCCAUUGCACUUGGUUCGGUGUUUCUUGCAACACUGCUGGAAGUGUCACUGUGAUUAACCUUACCAGUUGUGGCAUACUUGGCACGCUCUAUAACUUUUCGUUCUCAUCUUUUUCCAAUCUCUCAUCUUUUAAUCUUAGCAUGAAUGCAUUCCAUGGUUUCAUCCCUCCUGAACUCAAUCAUCUCUCCAACCUCAUCCACCUUGAUUUGUCGAGGAAUCAGUUUUCAGGGCAAAUCCCACCUACACUUGCCCAGCUAACUCAUCUGGAGACUCUUGUGCUCAAUGAUAAUCAACUAAACGGCUCAAUUCCUCCAGAAAUAGGUCAGCUAAAGUCCCUCAAUUGGCUUGACCUGUUGAACAACUUUCUAGGUGGAGCCAUUCCAACUUCUUUGGGUAAUAUAAGUCAGUUGAUUAGUUUGAAUCUCCACAAUAAUUCACUAUCCGGUUCCAUCCCACCAGAACUUGGUCAGCUCUCCAAGCUUGUCUUCCUUAAGUUGUUAAUCAAUAGACUUUCAGGGUUAAUUCCACCUACAAUUUGGUUGUUGAGUACUCUUAAGGGCCUUCACUUACAUCACAAUCGAUUGUCAGGGCAAAUCCCACCUACAAUUGUCCAGCUAACUCAUCUUGAAUCUCUUUUCCUCAAUGAUAAUCGACUAAAUGGCUCAAUUCCUCAAGAAAUAGGUCAUAUAAAGUCCCUCUUUGAGAUUCACCUGCAAACUAACUUUCUAGGUGGAGCCAUUCCAACUUCUGUGUGUAAUUUGAGUAACUUGACUAACUUGAAUCUCUUCAAUAAUUUACCAUCCGGUUCUAUGAUAAGUCACCAACGUGAUAUGCUGCAAGAGUAGUGCCACAAUCACUUCCCUAAAUUGUGGCACUCAAUAUAUUCUUUCCACAAUCACUUCCUUGAUUUGUGGCACUCAAUAUAUUAGUAGUGCCACAAUCACUUCCCUAAAUUGUGGCACUCAAUAUAUUCUUUCCACAAUCACUUCCCUAAAUUGUGGCACUCAAUAUAUUCUUUCCUUACUUAAACUCUUGUAACUCAUGUAUAUAUAGGAGUGUAAUAUUGAGAAUCAAAUACAACAAUUUUAUUCACUCUCUCUAUUUCUUCAUUCUAUCCCACC